CAUUCACAUUACAUUUGCUUACACAGUGAAACCCCAGUUUGUAAGAGAUCUGCUCACCCUUGCAAAAUGAGAUCACAGUCCAUUGAUAUUCAAUAGGAAGGUAUUUGGGUCCACAAUGUGGUCAUGAGACCUUCACACCAAAGGAUUGGGUUUUGAAUGCUUUCAGAUUGGCAAACAGGCAGUGUGAAGAGCUGGACCUUGAUGUGAAUCAAGAUAUUAGAUAUUUGUCUUACAUGUGAUUGUAAUCCCUGGAUUUUGCUGUGGAUCCAUGUAAAUCCUGUAAAAGGUAUGCACUGAAACAGAGGAUUUGUUUGAAUCUAUGCAUAUUUACAGCUAUUAAUGUGAUGCUGCUGUUGUUAUUUGAAUAUUAUAGUCACUGAGUGAGAUCUGAACAAUCGGGUGUCAUAGUGUUAAGCAUGGUGUUGGUCAUUGGCUGCUGGCUUUAAUAGUGAUGGUGUUUUUACUGGGUGUAAUUAUCGGGUGCGUUUUCUAUGUAGGCCCGGCUGAUUUUUGUGGUCAGUAGUGUUUGGUGCUACUGAAAGAGAAGUCAGAAAAAUCAUGCUGUCAUGCUGCCAUGUGUUUGUGCUGGUGCUGUGUCUGUGCUGUGCGGCUGAGGACUUCGACUGGACAAAGAACGGCCACGACUCCUUCUAUUAUGGCACUUUUCCAACUGGAUUUUCGUGGGGUGCCGGCAGUUCAGCCUACCAAACAGAAGGAGCUUGGGACAAGGAUGGCAAAGGACUGAGUAUUUGGGAUGUGUUCUGUCAUAAGAAGGGAAACGUCUUAUUUAACAAUACAGGAGACUCCUCAUGUGAUGGCUACUACAAAUUUAAAGAUGAUGUGUCCCUGAUAAAAGAACUCAAUCUGAAGCACUAUCUGUUCUCCAUCUCCUGGCCUCGUGUCAUUCCGACCGGGAUCAGGUAUGAGUAUGUGAAUGAAAAAGGACUCAAGUAUUACGAUACCCUCAUUGACCAACUAGUGGAAAAUAAAAUCACACCUAUUGUGACCCUGUAUCACUGGGACCUUCCACAGGUUUUGCAGGAGAAAUAUGGAGGCUGGCAGAACAUCAGCAUGGUGAACUACUUUAAUGACUUUGCCAGUCUAUGCUUUGAAAGAUUUGGAAACAGAGUGAAACACUGGAUCACAUUUAAUAACCCAUGGUCCGUAGCAGUAGAGGGCUAUGAAACAGGAGAACAUGCUCCAGGCCUGAAGCUUAAAGGCACAGGGGUUUACAAGGCUGCUCACCACAUCAUCAAGGCGCAUGCUAAGGUUUGGCACACAUAUGAUCGUCAGUGGCGAAGCAAACAAAAUGGUUUGUUGGGGAUCUCACUGUCUGGAAACUGGGGAGAGCCGGUGGACAUUUCUAAUCCAAAGGACAUAGAGGCAGCUGAGAGAUAUGUCCACUUCUACAUGGGCUGGUUUGCAACUCCCAUCUUCCAUGGAGACUACCCCCAGGUCAUGAAGGAGUUUAUAGGUAGGAAGAGUUCUCAGCAGGGGUUGCGGACAUCUCGACUUCCCACCUUUUCUUCUCAGGAGAAAGGUUACAUUAAAGGCACAUGUGACUUCCUAGGAGUAGGGCACUUCACUACACGCUACAUAACUCAGAAGUCAUUCCCUCCGGACCAUCGCAGCUCUUAUUACAAAGACCGAGACCUGGCUGAGCUGGUGGACCCACGCUGGCCUGAUCCUGGAUCAGAAUGGCUCUACUCUGUGCCUUGGGGCUUCCGGCGUCUGCUAAACUUCAUCAAGACUCAGUAUGGGAACCCCACCAUCUACAUCACUGAAAAUGGAGUAUCUGAGAAAAUGAUGUGCACAGAGUUGUGUGAUCACUGGAGGAUCCAGUAUUAUAGGGAUUACAUCAAUGAGAUGCUGAAAGCCAUCAGAGACGGAGUGAAUGUGAAGGGCUACACUGCAUGGUCUCUGCUGGAUAAGUUUGAAUGGAAUGAAGGCUACUCAGAGAGAUUUGGCCUGUAUUAUGUAGAUUUUAAGAAUAAGAACAAAACCCGUUACGCCAAGGCCUCUGUUCAAUACUAUAAGAGCAUCAUCAGCGCCAACGGAUUCCCUAAUCUUAGAGAGGUUGAGAACUGGAAGAGGAAUGCUGCAGAGAUGUGUGCAUCUAGCAACCGGCUCCUGGCUGCAGAGGAACAGAGAAGUACAACUGCCAAUAUUCUAAGACUUAUUCAUGAUCCCUUGACCAGCCACAUGGAGAUGGUAACAGAGAUAGUUGUGCCCACAGUGUGCACCCUCUGCAUUCUCAUCACUGCACUAUUUCUUAUGUUUCUCCUUCGCAAACGCACCUAGCAGAGAAAAUUAGAACUGAGCAUACAUUAAAAUAGUUCAAACAUAUUCUAUAAAAACAAACAAACAAACUCUGUCGAUGUGUAUUCUCAAUUUUAUACUUUUUAAGACCCAGUUAGAAGUGAAGAUACACCUACAUCUAAAUGCCCUUACAUGAUGUGUGGUGUCAUGAGAGAACAUUGUUUUCCCAAUUGUUCAAGUUUUGAAAACUGUAAUGAAUGUCUUUCCUGCAAAUAUCUUAAUAACAAGAUCGCUUCUAACACUUGCCAGUUUAAAUUAGCAGAAUAUGGCAUUUAAAAGUUCCCAAUCACUCUGAACACUAACACAUUGAUUGUCUAUAAGUAAAUGCUAUUGGGGUUUUAUUUUCAUUUAAUUUAAUAUGGAAAAGACAAAAUGUACCAGGAAUAAUUCACUACCAUUCAGCCAUGUCACUCUUCCUAGUUUUAUUUCCAGGGAUAAAUGUCAGUCACUGCAUUUGUCAUACUGCAGCCCUGUUGUCGUUUUUAAUUUGUCUGAUCACUGAUGCUUUUACUAUACCUAUUAUAUACACAAUUAACAUUGUUUAUUAGCAUUCAAACAGUACAACAUUGUCUGCUGUAUCUCAUCUCAACACUGUCAAUAUCAGCACAUGUGCAACAAAAAGAAUUUGCCAGCUGGUAGAGCGAUUAAUCAAAAACUUUUUCCUUGUGGUGUGUAACUAACAACUUGAUCAUAAUAUAAUAUUUUACUCAUACAAAAAGCAAACAGGACUAACAAACAAGAACUAAAAAAA